AUGGCGUCGGCAAUAUUCUUCCUCGACCUUAAGGGCAAGACCCUCCUUGCCAGGAACUACCGCGGAGACAUCCCCAUGUCGGCAGUCGAAAAGUUCCCCAUCCUUCUCAGCGAAGCCGAAGAAGAGUCGUCGGCGGUCCCGCCGUGCUUCUCACACGAGGGCAUCAACUACCUCUACAUCCGGCACAACAACCUGUACCUGUUGGCGCUGACCAAACGCAACACCAACGCGGCCGAGAUCCUGCUGUUUCUGCACAAGAUCGUCGAGGUCUUUACCGAGUACUUUAAGGCGCUGGAGGAGGAGUCGAUACGGGACAACUUUGUCAUCAUCUACGAGCUGCUGGACGAGAUGAUGGACUUUGGCUACCCGCAAACGACCGAGUCCAAGAUCCUGCAGGAGUACAUCACGCAGGAGUCCCACAAGCUCGAGAUCCAGGCGCGCCCGCCCAUCGCCGUCACCAACGCCGUCAGCUGGCGGUCCGAAGGUAUUCGGUACCGCAAGAACGAGGUGUUUUUGGACGUGGUCGAGUCGCUCAACCUGCUCGUGUCCGCCAACGGCAACGUGCUGCGGUCCGAGAUCCUGGGCGCCAUCAAGAUGAAGUGCUACCUCUCGGGCAUGCCCGAGCUGCGCCUGGGGCUCAACGACAAGGUCAUGUUCGAGACGACGGGCCGCACGACGCGCGGCAAGGCCAUCGAGAUGGAGGACGUGAAAUUCCACCAGUGCGUGCGCCUGUCGCGCUUCGAGAACGACCGUACCAUCAGCUUCAUCCCGCCCGACGGAGAGUUCGAGCUGAUGAGCUACCGGCUCAACACGCAGGUCAAGCCGCUGAUCUGGGUCGAGUGCGUGGUCGAAUCGCACAGCGGCUCGCGCAUCGAGUACAUGCUCAAGGCCCGCGCCCAGUUCAAGCGCCGGUCCACGGCCAACAACGUCGAGAUCAUCGUGCCCGUGCCCGACGACGCCGACACGCCCCGGUUCCGCACAAACGUCGGGAGCGUACACUACGCCCCGGAGCAGAGUGCCAUCGUCUGGAAGAUCAAGCAGUUUGGCGGCUCCAAGGAGUUCCUGAUGCGCGCCGAGCUGGGUUUGCCGAGCGUCAGAGGCGACGACGAGCACGGCGGCGGCAUGACAGGCGGCUUCGGCGGCAGCAUGGGUGGCGUUGGCAACAAGGGCGCCAAGAGGCCCAUCCAGGUCAAGUUUGAGAUUCCCUACUUUACCACGAGCGGCAUCCAGGUCAGGUACCUGAAGAUCACAGAACCAAAGCUGCAAUAUCCAUCUCUCCCCUGGGUCCGUUACAUUACGCAGUCUGGCGAUAUUGCCGUCAGGCUGCCAGACGCGGUUUGA